AACAGGUCUGGACAUUUCAAUGGUACAAGGAGCUUCCCAGCCCCAACCCGACUCCCGGCAUGACAGUCACAUACACAGCCCGCGUAGCAAAUGCUCGCUUCGGGGGGUUCUCCAAGCUGCUGCUGCUUUGGCGAGGAAGCAUUUACAAACUGCUUUAUCGAGAGGUGCUGGUUUUCCUCGGGGGGUACCUGGCACUGAGCGCCAUCUACCGCUUUAUCCUGACUGAAAAUCAGAGGCCGUACUUCGAGAGACUGGUCAUAUACUGCGACCAGUAUGCCAACCUCAUCCCUGUCUCUUUUGUGCUAGGGUUUUAUGUGACACUGGUAGUGAAUCGGUGGUGGAGCCAAUAUACAUGUAUGCCUCUACCAGAUGCCCUCAUGUGUACCAUAUCUGGCUCUGUGCAUGGACGGGAUGAGCGGGGUCGACUGUACCGGCGCACACUAAUGCGGUAUGCAAGCCUGUCUGCUGUACUCAUCCUCCGAUCUGUCAGCACUGCCGUCUUCAAACGCUUCCCCACCAUGGACCACGUGGUCGAGGCUGGGUUUAUGACCCGUGAGGAACGGAAAAAAUUUGAGAGCCUGAAUUCAUCCUACAAUAAAUAUUGGAUACCGUUUAUCUGGUUUGCCAACCUUGCUGCCCAAGCCCGCAAAGAGGGUCGGAUCCGAGACAGCAGCACUUUCAAGCUUCUUAUGGAGAAACUGGAACAGUUCCGGGCCAAGUGUGGAAUGCUGUUUCACUAUGACUGGAUCAGCGUGCCCCUUGUCUACACUCAGGUGGUGACAAUUGCAGUAUACAGCUUCUUUCUGGCUUGUCUUAUUGGACGCCAGUUCCUGGACCCAACCAAGGGAUACAAGAAUCAUGACAUGGACCUGUGCAUUCCCGUCUUCACCCUGCUCCAAUUCUUUUUCUAUGUUGGCUGGCUCAAGGUGGCUGAGCAGCUCAUAAACCCCUUUGGGGAGGACGAUGACGACUUUGAGACCAACUUUUUAAUCGACAGGAAUUUCCAGGUUUCAAUGCUGGCAGUGGAUGACAUGUAUGAUGACCUGCCACUGUUAGAGAAGGACCUGUACUGGGAUGCAGCUGAUGCCCGGGCGCCCUACACAGCAGCCACUGCAUUUAUGAUGCACCAGCCCUCCUUCCAAGGCUCCACCUUUGACAUCACGCUGGCUAAAGAGGACAUGCAAUUCCAGCGAGAUGGCUUGGAGGGACAACUGGGGGAAGUCCCAUCGGUACCAGCGGACUUCUUGCACCGACUGCUGGCAGGCGGCUCUGGCCCGGGCCUUGGUCCUGGCCCUUCCACGAUCUUGGGCAGACGACUCUCCUUACUUCGGAGGAAGAACAGUGUUGUGUCUGAGGCUUCAGCCUCAGCUGGCUGUCCUUGCCCAGACUGUGGCCAUGAUGACUUGGUCACCGGUCCCCUCCUGGACCCACCCUCGGACACAGAGCUUGCCAUACCUGCUGCUCCUGCCUCUUCCUCGCUGGAGCCCCCUCCCUCUGCGGUGGUGGUCCCCACAGCCCGAGGCCCAACCCCAAAUCCUGCGCCAUUGCCUCCCUGGCUGCCUAGCCCAAUUGGAGAAGAGGAGGAGAGCUUGGCCUGA